AGUGCCCACAAGGGACGGGGCUGCCUGGCCGAGAAAGGACUGCUCAGCACGUGAGCGAUAGGAGCCCGGAGACAGAACUACACGUACACAGACCCUCCUUAAGGAAGGCGGUGAGGUGCUUUUUGUUACCAAUGAAACGCAACCAAAUGCUGUAUGCCACACUGCCCAAACCCAGUGGCGGCCACCCGCCCGGCCAGCGGCCCAGCCCCGCCGGUCGUCCCAGCCCAACUGAGCCCGGAACUCCUCUUCCCUCACGGCCACGGACGGCGUGUCUUCCGGCGGGGCGGGACAGGACGGGACGGGACGGGACUCAGCCUUCGCUUGGCUCCGCUGCUCUGUGUCCCCCACGCCUCGCUCUGCCCUGCCCUGCCCUCCCCUCUCCUGCUCUCCUCUUCUCCCCUCCCCUCCCCUCUCCUGGAGGUCUCUCCGAGCGGCACCGUUGCCGCUGUGUCGCCUCCCGGGCUGCUGCUCCCGGCUCAUCCCGGGACGGCGCUCAGCGCUGUGGGCAGAGACGGAGCCGUCGGUGCCGCUUCCAGGAGAACGGCCGCCUCUUCCCAGCAGAGCAGGCUCCAGUUCAACUUGGUCCUUCCAGGCGUGAUCAUCCCAGGCUGCAGGAGAGCAGCAAAUGGCCACAGCACAUCCGUGUCAGGAGCCCGUGAGCUUUGCGGAGGUGGCCGUGUAUUUCAGCAGGGAGGAGUGGGCGCUGCUGGACCCUGCGCAGCGAGCGCUCUACCGGGACGUGAUGCUGGAGACGUACCAGUGCGUGGCCUGGCUGGCUCCACUUCCAGCCCCCAAACCCGGGCUGAUCUCCCUGCUUGAAGGAGGGGAAGACCCCUGGAUCCCAGAUGUGCGUAGCCCUGAGGCCGUGCCAGGAGACCUGAGCCCAGCAGGAACUGGGAUUACAGAUAUACUGGAGGAUGUGCAGGAAAGUGGUGUGGCCGAAAGGCGGUGGGGUAGUGCCUGUGUGGGAGAAAUCAGAAGGGAUGUCCCAGGAGGCCUGGAGCAAGGUCAGGGUGAGCACAUCAAGAAGGCACUGGGAAAGCAUCUGGAAGAGAAAGGAAGGAGCCCACUGGACUUCAACAUAGGUGAAAAGCAUGCCGAAGGACCCAGGAGCAAGGAUGUGUGUCAGAUGAAAAAGCAGAAUCCAUGCACUGAGUGUGGGAAAAGCUUGGAAAUAAAUUCCAGUGUCAUUAACCACCAGUGCAUGCACGCAACGCAGAGCCUGUACAAGUGCUCUGAAUGUGGGAAGAGCUUCAAACGGAGUUCCCAACUAACCCGCCACCAACGCAUCCACACAGGAGAGAGACCCUUUCAGUGCUCUGACUGUGGGAAGGGCUUCAAAAGGAGUUGUGAACUGAAGCUGCACCAGCGCAUCCACACAGGAGAGAGACCCUAUAAGUGCUCUGCUUGUGAGAAGAGCUUCAAAAGCAAUUCUGAAUUGAAGCUGCACCAGCACACCCACACAGAGGAGAGACCUUACAAGUGCUCUGCUUGUGGGAAGGGCUUCAAAAGCAGUUAUGAAUUGAAGCUGCACCAGCGCAUCCACAGAGGGGAGAGACCCUACAAGUGCUCUGAGUGUGGGAAGUGCUUCAAAAGGAGUUCCCACCUCUCCUGCCACCAGCACAUUCACACAGGAGAGAGACCCUUUCAGUGUCCUGAGUGUGGGAAGAGCUUCAAAAGCAGUUCUGCACUGAAGCGCCACCAGUGCAUCCACACAGGAGAGAGACCCUUUCAGUGUCCGGAGUGUGCAAAGAGCUUUAAACGCAGAUCUCAUCUCAACACUCACAAGCGCAACCACAAAGCACAACGUCUGUAGAAGCACCCCAAGACUCUGGGAACCUUCAAAAGCAGUUCCAGCCUCGUUACCUUCCGGCACUGCCACAGAAGGUACAGAUCCUGCAGAGCCUCAAACUUGUGAGGAGCUUCAGCCAAAACCCCAGCCUGGUUACGACCUGUGGCUUUGUGUUUUGAACCUUACAAAUCCCUUGAGUAGAGGAAGAGCUCGGCAGCCAAAAUCCAUCUUCUUCUCUGCUGCUCUUCUUUCUCCUCUUUGGAUGCGAAUUCUGCAUGUUGCUCUCUGUCAGCUGCAGUCAAGGUGUUGAGUGGACAGUCAAAGGAGAGUCCAGAGUGGGAUGUGUCACAGCCACUGGAAACCCUCUGCCAGGUGGCACGUUUCUGCCAGGGCAGUGUGCAAGGACAGUCACCUCUUAUCUCCCCUGGAGACACUCACCUGCUGUGGGACAACAGGUGAGGACCCAAAGGAAACCUCAGCUGGGCCGAUACGUCACCAGGAAGGAAGAAAUUCUGUCUGCUGGGAGUGUGGGAAGAGCUUCAUCUGGAGCUCAACCCUCAGUACACUCCAGAGAACCAACGCCGGGGAGAUUCCCUGUGAGUGCCUUGACUGCAGGAAGAGAUCCGUCCAGAGCUGGGAGCUCAUCACACACCAGUGGAUCCACGUGAGGAACCCUACAGACGUGCAGCCUGCAAGAAGAGCUUUGGCCACAGCUCGAACCUGCUGAGGUAGCAGAGUGUCUGCAGUUGGGUGAAGUCCAGGACGUGCCUGCACCAGUGAGUUCACGUGGCAGGAAGCCUUAGAAAUGCCUCGAGUGUGAGAAGGGCUUUGUGCAGAGCACGAAGCUCCUCCCUCGCAGGAGAUGGCAGUCGUGGCAGAAGUGCUACAAACGUCCCAUGUGUGGGAAGAGCUUCAACCACAGCUCCCAGCUGAGCAAGCACCAGGGGAUCCACUCAGGGCAGAGACCAUAGAUGUGCCUGCACUGCAGGAAGAGCUUCAUCCAGAGCUCAGUCCUCGUUAAGCAUUGCCCAGUCCACGUGAGACGGUGGCCCUGCAAGUGUCUCUCCUACAGGAAGAGUUUCUCUCAGGGCUGGCACCUCAUUUCUCAUGGGGAAAGCUCCAGGAGAGAGAGCUUGAGGAUGCCCAAGGGUGCGGUAGACCCCUGUGCUUCUCCCCACACAGGAAGAGCUGGCAAAGGAGAUGGCAUUGCUGGCACCCUCUGCAGAAGGGCCUUAACCCAGGAGCUUCAGAUGGCCUUUCCUUGCUUCCCAAAGCAGUUCUCUCAGCAUGCCCACGUUCCUCUUCUGCUCUUCCUGCCUGCAGCUUUUUGAUGCCAUUUCCUUAGGAGAAGCGGCUGUGUGGGGAUGUUCUGUGUGUCUGUGUGCGUGUGUUGCUCUCAGUAAUUUCUGAGUGCACUGGUGAAUGUGAGAGAAUGGACAGGAGAGCAGUAACGUGGCUCUUGGAGGUUUUCUGAGAAUCAUCUGUAGUGGAAAGGGAAGGGGGUGAAUAAAGUAGCUGAGUUGUUC